UGUUAAAAAAUAAAUAUAAGGGCGGCCAUCUUUGUUUCUCUGCCUUGUAGUGUAAAAUAUUCCAAAACGCCCCCACUUUUUGUGUGUCGAUUUGAAUAUUAAAUAAAUAUCAUAAUUAGGAAGGAAUACACUUUUGGAUCUCGCGGAACGGGGUCACCGACGGGAAUAUAAUGUCCUCUCUUCUCCGUUCUUGUGAGGAAGAUGAGGGUACAGCGGUUAAUUCCGAGGGAGGAGAUCUUGAUGAAGAAGAAGAAGACGACGGAGACCUGGACGAGAACGCAAGCGACAUAAACUCACCGGCGGCGCCUAGAGAAACUGCAGUAAGAGCCGCGCCAGAUGAUGGCGAUGACAUUGGUGAGACAUCGGACAGGGACAACCUGGGGAAAAAGAAACGAGGCCCUAAGAAAAAGAAAGAGACAAAAAAGAAAGACAAGGACAAGGAGGGGAAGAUGGCCAAAGCACGCAAGCGCAAAAAAAUUGACAGUGACGUAGAAAGAGACUCAGAGCCAGACUAUGCCGUGAACUCUGACAGUGCUGCCAGCGAUUAUGGAGGAGAGAAGAAAAAGAAGAAGAAACACAAGGACAAAAAAGAGAAGAAAACCAAGAAAAAGAAAAAAGACGAUGAAGACAGCGCACACGAAGAGACCACAAAGCCGGUAGAGAUGAAAACGUCGGCCCAGCUGACUAGGGAGUGGGGACUGGAGGAUGUCGAGCACACAUUCACAGAAGAAGAUUACCGCACACUAACCAACUACAAAGCCUUCAGCCAGUUCAUAAGACCCAUGAUUGCUAAGAAGAACCCCAAAAUCCCCAUGUCCAAGAUGAUGACAAUUCUGGGGGCCAAAUGGCGAGAGUUCAGCUGCAAUAAUCCAUUCAAAGGCUCGGCAGCAGCCAUCGCUGCUGCUGCAGCCGCCGCCGCAGCAGCCGUUGCUGAGCAGGUCUCCGCAGCAACAGCCUCCUCUGAACCUCCACCUCAGCCACCACCACUUCGCAAGGCCAAGACCAAAGAGGGCAAAGGCGCUGGCUACAAGAAACGUAGCAAGAGUCCUCGUGUCUCAGAUAAGAAGAAGCCAAAACCCAAGAAAAUGGCUCCUCUGCGCAUUAAACUGGGAGCGCUUGGUAACAAGAGGAAGAAGAGUAGUUCGAGUGAGGAGGUGGAUGAGGAUGAUUCUGAGCAGGAAAACUCUAGCGUUCACAGUUCUUCAGUCCGCUCUGACAGCUCGGGUCGGGUCAAGAAGAACAAAAGAGGUCGCCCAGCGAAGAAGAAGAAAAAGGUGCUGGGUGAUGAGGAUGGCGAUGGCUAUGAGACUGACCAUCAGGACUACUGCGAGGUUUGUCAGCAGGGAGGAGAGAUCAUUCUGUGUGAUACCUGUCCUCGAGCGUACCACCUGGUGUGUCUUGAGCCUGAGCUUGAGAAAGCCCCCGAGGGCAAGUGGAGCUGCCCUCACUGUGAGAAAGAAGGGAUCCAGUGGGAAGCAAAGGAAGAAGACUUUGAGGACUUUGAAGAGGAGUGUGAUGAUGUCCGGGAUGUAGAGGCAGGGCUGGGUGGAGAGGAAGAGGAGGAUGAUCACAUGGAGUUCUGUCGUGUGUGUAAAGAUGGAGGAGAGCUGCUGUGCUGUGACUCCUGCCCGUCAUCCUAUCACAUUCACUGCCUGAACCCCCCACUGCCCGAGAUCCCCAACGGAGAGUGGCUCUGUCCACGCUGCACUUGUCCACCAAUCAAAGGGCGAGUGCAAAAAAUUCUGCACUGGCGAUGGGGUGAUCCCCCACCCCCUGUUCCUGUCCCUCUACCCCCAGACACACCCCCUGAUGCACCACUUCCUCCGCCAAUGAAGGGUCGUCCAGAGAGAGAGUUCUUUGUAAAGCUAGCAGGACAGUCCUACUGGCACUGUACCUGGAUCACAGAGCUACAGCUCGAGAUCUUCCACUCUGUGAUGUUCCGGAACUAUCAGAGGAAAACAGACAUGGACGAGCCACCCAGUCUGGACUACGGCUCUGGGGGAGAGGAGGAUUCUGGGAAGCGUGAGAAGCGGAGGGCCAAAGACCCUCAAUAUGCCAUUCUGGAAGAGAAGUACUACCGAUAUGGCAUCAAGCCUGAGUGGAUGAUGGUGCACAGAAUAAUCAAUCACAGCGUGGAUAAAAAGGGCAACUACCACUACCUGGUUAAAUGGAGAGAUCUGACCUAUGACCAGUGCACCUGGGAGAGAGAUGAGCUGGACAUCCCUGAGUUCGGAGCGCACAAAGCAGCAUACUGGAGACACAGGGAGGAAGUGAUGAAGGAAGACCCAGAGAAGCCAAGGAAGAUGAAGAGGAGAGAGGAGAAUGAUGACGCUCCAAGCACACCUGUUAAUGAUCCGACAAUCAAGUAUGAGGAGCAGCCAGACUUUGUGACAGAGACAGGAGGAACGAUGCAUCUCUAUCAGCUGGAGGGGCUGAACUGGCUGCGGUUCUCCUGGGCUCAGGGAACAGACACCAUCCUGGCUGAUGAAAUGGGCUUGGGCAAGACCAUCCAGACUAUUGUUUUCCUCUACUCACUCUUUAAAGAGGGACACACUAAAGGUCCAUUCCUGGUGAGCGCACCACUGUCCACAAUCAUUAACUGGGAGAGAGAAUUUGAGAUGUGGGCUCCUGACUUCUAUAUUGUCACUUACACCGGAGACAAGGACAGCCGGGCCAUCAUCCGUGAGAACGAGUUUACCUUUGACGACACGCCGAUGAAGGGAGGAAAGAAAGCCUUCAAAUUACGGAGAGAAGCUCCCAUUAAGUUCCACGUGUUGUUGACAUCCUAUGAGCUUGUGACCAUAGACCAGAAUGUUCUCAAGUCCAUUGACUGGGCCUGUCUUGUAGUAGAUGAAGCCCACCGCCUCAAAAACAACCAGUCCAAGUUCUUCAGGAGACUGAAUGACUACAAGAUAGACCAUAAGCUGCUGCUAACAGGAACUCCACUCCAGAACAACCUGGAAGAACUUUUCCACUUGCUCAACUUCCUGACGCCCAACCGCUUCAAUAAUCUAGAGGGUUUUCUAGAGGAGUUUGCGGACAUCUCUAAAGAGGACCAGAUUAAGAAACUGCACGACCUGCUUGGCCCACACAUGCUCCGGAGACUCAAAGCUGAUGUGUUUAAGAACAUGCCAGCCAAAACUGAGCUGAUCGUCCGAGUGGAGCUCAGCCCCAUGCAGAAAAAGUACUACAAGUUCAUUCUGACGCGUAAUUUCGAGGCGCUGAAUUCUAAAGGAGGAGGGAACCAGGUGUCUCUGCUCAACAUUAUGAUGGAUCUAAAAAAGUGCUGCAACCACCCCUACCUCUUCCCCGUCGCUUCUGCCGAAGCUCCCAAAACACCAAGUGGAGCGUAUGAAGGUGCGGGUCUCACUAAGGCUUCUGGGAAACUCAUGCUGCUGCAGAAAAUGCUCAGAAAACUGAAAGAGCAAGGCCACCGAGUGCUAGUGUUCUCUCAGAUGACCAAGAUGCUGGAUUUGCUGGAGGAUUUCCUGGAUUAUGAGGGUUAUAAAUAUGAGCGAAUUGAUGGAGGCAUCACUGGAGCUCUCCGACAGGAAGCUAUCGACAGAUUUAAUGCUCCUGGUGCGUGUCAGUUUUGUUUUCUUCUCUCUACACGAGCGGGCGGUCUGGGAAUCAACUUGGCCACUGCGGACACAGUCAUCAUCUUUGACUCUGACUGGAAUCCCCACAAUGAUAUACAGGCCUUCAGCCGAGCUCACCGUAUUGGUCAGGCCAAUAAGGUGAUGAUAUAUCGGUUUGUGACACGGGCCUCGGUGGAGGAACGAAUCACUCAGGUGGCCAAAAGGAAGAUGAUGCUUACACACCUGGUGGUGCGGCCCGGUCUGGGAUCAAAAGCCGGAUCCAUGUCUAAACAAGAGUUGGAUGACAUCCUCAAGUUUGGCACGGAGGAGCUUUUCAAGGAUGAGAUUGAGGCAGGGGACAAUAAAGAUGAUGACAGCAGCGUAAUUCACUACGACAAUGUUGCUAUCGAGCGUUUGCUAGACCGCAGCCAGGAUGCCACAGAUGACUCUGACAUGCAGAACAUGAACGAGUAUCUGAGCUCCUUCAAGGUGGCCCAGUACACUGUCAAAGAAGAUGACAAGAUAGAGGAGAUCGAGAGAGAGAUCAUUAAGCAGGAAGAGAAUGUGGAUCCUGAUUACUGGGAGAAACUCUUGAGGCAUCACUAUGAACAACAGCAGGAAGAUCUGGCCCGCAAUCUCGGGAAAGGAAAGAGAGUCCGCAAACAGGUCAACUACAAUGACGCGGCUCAGGAGGACCAAGAAUGGCAUGCUGACAUUUCAGAUAACCAAUCAGAAUACUCCGUGGGCUCAGAGGAGGAAGAUGAGGACUUUGAUGAGAGACCUGAGGGUCGCAGACAAUCACGCAGGCAGCUCAGGAAUGAGAAGGAUAAACCACUGCCACCCCUGUUGGCCAGAGUGGGUGGCAACAUUGAGGUAUUGGGCUUUAAUACGCGUCAGAGAAAAGCUUUCCUGAAUGCCAUCAUGAGAUGGGGGAUGCCGGCUCAGGACGCCUUCUCCUUCCAGUGGCUCGUGCGAGACCUCCGCGGCAAGAGUGAAAAGGAGUUCAAGGCGUACGUGUCGCUCUUCAUGAGGCACCUCUGUGAGCCGGUGGCUGACGGUUCAGAGACAUUCGCUGAUGGUGUCCCGCGCGAAGGGCUCUGCAGGCAGCCGGUUCUCACACGUAUAGGAGUCAUGUCUCUGGUAAAGAAGAAGGUGCAAGAGUUUGAGCACAUUAAUGGGAAAUGGAGCAUGCCUGAACUGAAGCCAGAGAUUACUUUGGACUCCAAGAAAUCUUCAAGAGCUUCUUCACCUGCCAUUAAGACAGAUACUCCCACACCUGAAAUGAGCUGCAACAACACACCGUGCACCUCCAAACCAGCCACUCCCUCUCCACCUGACAAGACAGAAAAGAGUACGAAAGAGGUGGAGAAAGACGAGUGUGAGUCCCAGACAGAACCAGAAAAAGAGAGAGAGAAGGAAAAAGCAAAAGGAAAGGAGGGGGAGAGUGUGGAAAGCACAGAACAUGGAGAGACUUCCACUACAGUGAAAGAGGGUGAAAAAGAUCCUGAAACCAGUGAAAAAGCUCAGACAUCCGAAAGUCCAACAAAAGCUUCUGAUGACUCAAAAACAAAGGAAAGUCCUGCCAUUUCUCAGUCUUCUCCAGAAGAAAAGAGUGAGAAAGAAAAACAAGAGGAGGAGAGCACUGACAAAGAGGCCUCCCCAGAGAAAACGCCAGAUUCUCCAUCUGUUAAAAACGAGAGUAGAGAGGCUUUGAAAGGGGACAAGGGAGAGAAACGGGAAAAGGCUGGAGAAGAAAAGGAGAGGAGUGAAGUGACAUCUCUUCCCACAGAAACAACCGAAAAGAAAGAGAAAUUAGAUCAAUCUUCUGAAAUCAAAAAAGAGGAGGUGAAGGGUGAGAAGGAUGCUGUCAAGGAGGUCAGAGGGCAGAGGGAGGAGGUGCCCAAAGGUAACGGCAAACCCACAGAGCGUCCACGAUUUAUGUUCAAUAUCGCAGAUGGAGGAUUCACAGAACUCCACACUCUUUGGCAGAAUGAGGAGCGGGCGGCCAUUUCAUCAGGCAAGAUCAAUGAGAUCUGGCACCGGCGACACGACUUCUGGCUGCUGGCAGGCAUCGUGUGCCAUGGCUAUGCUCGGUGGCAGGACAUUCAGAACGACCCGCAGUUCGCCAUCAUAAACGAACCUUUCAAAACUCAAGCCAACAAGGGAAACUUCUUAGAGAUGAAAAACAAGUUCCUGGCCAGGCGGUUUAAGUUGCUAGAGCAGGCCCUGGUGAUAGAGGAGCAAUUGCGUCGGGCUGCAUACCUCAACAUGACCCAGGACCCGACUCACCCGGCCAUGGCCCUGAACGCUCGCUUUGCUGAGGUUGAAUGUCUAGCCGAGUCCCAUCAACAUCUCAGCAAGGAAUCGCUCGCAGGAAACAAACCUGCCAAUGCCGUCUUGCAUAAGGUUCUUAACCAACUGGAGGAGCUUCUGAGUGACAUGAAGGCAGAUGUAAUGCGGCUCCCAGCCACACUCUCUAGAGUCCCGCCGAUCACAGCCCGCCUGCAGAUGUCAGAGAGAAGCAUCCUCAGCAGACUGGCCAACAAAGGCAACGAGACACACACACCGCCGCCUAUUCCUCCAGGCCCGUACGCCACCCCACAGAACUACGGCCCUCCUUUCACACCUGCACCUUCAAUGGCUCUCACUCUGGCUGGGGCCAGCUACAGCCAGAUGUCCCCUGGAGCUUUCAUAUCAGUGUUGAACGGACCCCCCAUGUCGGUAAAGAAAGAGAGGGAGGUAGAGCUUCUUAUGGCACGGAGGGAACAGCGCAGCGUGGAGGUGAUCUGCAUCGACGACUGAAUUCAGCGCCUCCCGACCCACACACGCUGACUCAGUCGAAGGACAUCUGCAUGCAAACGUAAACACAACUAUUCCUGAACGCAUACAUGCACACAUGCACCUGCAGUUGACGAAUGAACAGACUACCCUCAGUAUCACGGCAGCACUUUCACGACACCUCGAGUUAUAGCUACUCAAAAUUCAGCAGCGCUUAGGCUCGCCUUUGGUUAUUUCCUCCUGUACACAUACUGUAUGUGCGCAUAUACACACACACACACACACAAAUAUUUGAUUUCCUUUCCUCUCAUAACUAUCUGUCCCAAAUCAGCUUCACAUUUCAGACCAAUCCACACGCUCACGUUCAUCCCCUCGACAUGAAGCUGCAUGUAUGUGGAAUAGCUUCACAUUACCCGCAGUGAUUUGUUUUCCAACAGCAUGCACCUCACAGUUUAGUCAAGACAAACGCCCGUGCAUUGAGCUGUGCCGAUUCAAGCACAGUGCAAUCUUUCAAGCAAACCCUCAUCGUAAGCUAGCGUGACUGUUUUGGAGAGGCCAUGCACCAUCAACAAGCUUCAACCUAAAAGCAAUCUUUAAUGUUAAUGCUUUAACAGGAUUGUUCAACACAAAAUUAAAAUCCUGACAUCAUUUA